GAUCUCCUCCGCUUCCUGUGCCGUCCAUCGCCCCUUUUCUCUCCACUCAAGUGCUCUGUCAAUUCCAUUCUGAUUCCCUCAGCAUCCUCAAUGGUAGAUUCUAUCUUGCUCUGCUCAUCCACGGAUCAGUUGUAUCUUUUUUUUUUGGGAAUUGAGAUCAGUUGUAUCUUUACAUUAGUUUAAUUACCAUUCCUUCACAAAUUCAUCUAUGAUUCUUGGAUUUCAUUUUUUUAUGGGUCUUGGUUCGUCUUUCUUUGAUUUGAAGAUUGCCCAUAUGGUUUUUGGAUUGAACAAGGAGAUUGUGUAAAUAUUUUGGUUUAUUUUAUUGAAUGUUUCACAGUUAGAAUGCUGUUGCUUUACUUUGAAACUCUUGUUUAUGGUUCUUUGAAGUACAUGAUAUUGGGUGGUAUGGUGGUCCUUGGAUCUGUUCUGUUAUGGGUUUAAAGUUCUUCAUGGAAAGAUGGGUUCUGAGGAUCUUGAGGUGAUACCAUGUUUAACAGGGCUGGCGAGUUUGAUGAAUCUUGCUAAUGAGAUGAUAGAAAGGAUGCACAGUUUCAAGACAAGUACUGUUAAUUUUGGCAUUACCAAUUGAGAUGAUGAGUAAUUUCAAUAGGAGUACAUCAUUCAGUCGUAGGGCUUCAAGUAUUGAGAGCCCGAGAGUCUUCAGUAUUGGAAGCCCCAGAGCCUCAAGCAUUGCAAGCCCCAGAAUUUUGGCUAUUGCAAGCUCCAGAGUCAUUCGAUUGAGCUGGGUCUCACGAUUGUUUCAUGUUCUUAUUGUUAUUGGUUCUUUGAUUUCAUUCCUUAUAGUCAUUGGUGGUGGUUAUAUGUUUCUUCUUCCUAGUCUCAGCCAGGCAGUUCUUGGGCAUGAUGUAUCCAAAUUGAAUAAUUCAAGCAAUGCUUGUGAUGUUCAAGAUGGGGGCUGGGUUACAGAUGAUAGUUACCCAUUAUACAAUGCUUCAGAAUGUCCAUUUGCAGAACAAGGAUUCAAUUGCUUGGGAAAUGGUCGGAGAGAUAGAGAUUAUCUGAAGUGGAGAUGGAAACCAAAAGAUUGUGAGAUUCCAAGAUUCAAUGUACAGAAUGUUCUGCAGAUGCUUCAGAAUAAGAGGGUUGUUUAUGUUGGAGAUUCUAUGAGUAGAACACAGUGGGAAUCGUUAAUAUGCCUGCUUAUGACUGGAAUUGAGGACAAGAAGAGUGUCUAUGAAGUCAAUGGGAAUAAGAUAACAAAAAGGACUAGGUUUUUAGGAGUGCGGUUUAGUUCUUUUAAUUUUACUAUUGAGUUCUUUCGUUCAGUUUUCUUGGUGCAACAUGGUUGGAUGCCUAGGCAUGCCCCAAAGCGAGUGAGGUCAACACUGAAGUUAGACAAGCUGGAUGAUAUUAGCAACAAGUGGAUUGAUGCAGAUGCUCUCAUAUUCAACACAGGACAGUGGUGGGUACCUGGCAAGCUCUUUGAGACUGGUUGCUACUUUCAGGUUGGCAAUUCAGUGAAGCUUGGAAUGUCAAUUCCUGCAGCCUAUAGAUUGGCAUUACAAACAUGGACAUCAUGGGUUGAGAAGAUGAUUGACACAAACAGAACAGUUGUCUUUUUCAGGACUUUUGAGCCAUCUCACUGGAGUGAUCAAUCUCAUAGAUUUUGCAAUGUGACAAAGGAUCCACUGUCAGAAACAGAGGGGGGGGAUCACAGCAUAUUUUCAGAGAUUGCUUUGGAGGUGGUAAAAAAUAUGACUGUCCCUAUAACCAUUCUGCACGUAACUUCUAUGUCCGCUUUCCGAAGAGAUGCACAUGUGGGCAAGUGGGGUGAUAACCCAUCAGUACCUGACUGUAGCCAUUGGUGUCUCCCUGGAGUGCCUGAUGUGUGGAAUGAAAUUUUCCUCUCAUACCUGUUUCCUAGUCGUGAACUUUCCUCGCCAACCAAUGUAGAAUAAUAUUGGACAAGCCUAUACAUACAAGUUACAAACAAGCAAGGUGACGGUAAAUCAGUCUCCAAGCAUCUCUAUCUGAUCUUUAAAGCUUGGGAUAAUUGUGCAAAAUGGAUUGCAAUUUUUCACGGAGGCAUGAAUAGCUGUCCAGUACGCUCUUUGUGCAGUUCUUCAAGUAGGACCCUUUUUUAUUUGAAGAGAAAUUUUAGAAAUUUCAUGGAUAAAGGUUCAUAGCAUAGUUAUUUUUUCAUUCUUUCUUCAAUUUCUUUUCCUCCUUUUGGUUUCAAUCUUAAUAUCGAAGAAGUGACUGAAAUUGAGCGUUGAAGAUGUAACAGAUUUUGUCGUGUUCAGAUAUCAAAAUUUUGAUCAAGACGAUUUUAUCUUUGU